GUGUGCAGGGCCAGCGCGGGGCCGAGCAGCCGCGGGGUACGUCCUGGGCUCCGCCGAGACCGUCGUGCCCGCUCCUAGCCUCGGCCGCAGCCGCUUUAGCCGCCGCCGCCGGGGGAGCGGCCGCCUUUUGUCUUUCUCCGCGGCGAAGGUGCGGAACUGUUCCGGCUCGGCCCGCGGGGAAGCCCCGGGAGCCGCUAGACUUGACAAGACUGCCAGGGUGUGCUUGGGAUCCUCCUUGUUGAACCAGAAGGUGCCUCCAGUGUCCUGGGUCAUGAAACUUAAUCCACAGCAAGCUCCAUUAUAUGGCGAUUGUGUUGUUACAGUAUUGCUUGCUGAAGAGGACAAAGUUGAAGAUGAUGUAGUUUUUUACUUGGUAUUUUCGGGUUCCACCCUCCAUCACUGUACAAGUACUCGGAAGGUCAGUUCUGAUACGCUGGAAACCAUCGCUCCUGGUCAUGACUGCUGUGAGACAGUGAAGGUGCAGCUCUGUGCUUCCAAAGAGGGCCUUCCUGUGUUCGUGGUGGCUGAAGAAGACUUCCACUUUGUCCAGGAUGAAGCGUAUGAUGCAGCCCAAUUCCUGGCAACCAGUGCUGGAAAUCAGCAGGCUCUGAUUUUCACCCGUUUUCUUGACCGGUCAGGACCCCCAUCUGGGGACGUGAACUCCCUCGAUGAGAAGGUUGCGCUAGCGUUCAGACACCUGAAGCUGCCAGCAGAGUGGAAUGUGCUGGGAACAGAUCAGACUUUGCAUGAUGCUGGCCCUCGGGAGACGUUAAUGCAUUUUGCUGUGAGGCUGGGACUGCUGAGGUUGACGUGGUUCCUGUUGCAGAAGCCAGGUGGCCGUGGAGCCCUCAGCAUCCACAACCAGGAAGGGGCGACGCCUGUGAGCUUGGCCUUGGAGCGAGGUUAUCAUAAGCUGCACCAGCUUCUGACCGAAGAGAAUGCUGGAGAACCAGACUCCUGGAGUAGUUUAUCCUACGAAAUACCUUACGGAGACUGUUCAGUGAGGCAUCAUCGAGAGUUGGACAUCUAUACAUUAACCUCUGAGUCUGAAUCACAUCAUGAACCCCCAUUUCCUGGAGACAGUUGCACUGGACAUAUUUUUAAACUUAUGAACAUCCAACAGCAACUAAUGAAAACAAACCUUAAGCAGACGGACACUCUUACGCCCUUAAUGAUGACAGCACAGGACCCUUCCAGUCCAUUCCGUGCCCCAGAGACAGAUGGUCAGUCCCUUCUCUGUGCAUCCGAGCCCACAGGCACCCAGCAGGUGUCUUCUGAACAGACCAAGAGCUCACCUUGCUGCCGAAGGAGUCCUGGUGGGCAAAUCGACGGUUCCUGUGACUUAUCAAACGUGACUGAGGAUGAGAAUGAAGGCUUUUCCUGUAGAAGGAAAAAUGAAGAUGCGGAAAGAGAAGGGGGAGUGGUGGAGCCAGCACCUACUGAGGACUCUGGAGCUGUAUUGGAUAGAGCUAGCUGUCUCCAGAGCUUGCCUGACUGUGGAACAAAAAGCUUAGAAGGCCUUUCGUCUCAUGGAAAUGGAAAUGAAGAAACUGGAACAAAGUCUUCUAGAAUGGCCACAUACCAGGAGUCUCCGAGCAGUGCAGACAGUGUACCAGAGGGACAUGUGGUCAUGAAGCCAGGCACAGCCCAGUGUUCCUUGGGAGGUAAACUGGCAGGCAAUUCAGCAACAAAUGCCAGCACCCCAGAGACUGCGGGGGAAAUGGAACAUGGUCUCAUGAACCCAGAUGCCAGUGUCCAGAAGAAAGUGCUUCAAGUAAGGGGAAGUACGAAGGAGAGAUUAGAGAAUACUGACAUCAGCACAGCUGGAGCCUUGGAUGUACAAGGCACAAAUAAGCCCAUGGAUAAAGCCAUUGUGUCAAACUGUAUCUCUGCUGCAGGUUCCCCGUGUGGUAACAAACCUGCUGAGUCUUUACUCACAUUUAAUAAUAGAGAGACCACCAUUGAAAAAACAGAAACUGAAACUUCAGGAAGUUAUGAAGAGAGUGCUGGUGCUCCAGUAGAUCAGAGCCUUGUGGUCAUUCCAGCCACUGAAAAAGACAUGAUUUUAGAAGGCUCAGAACCCAGCACUCCCUUAGAAAUAUGCCAGGUAGUGUCAGCCUCAGCUUUAACCUUUUCUGAGCUAGGAAAAGAUGUAAUUCCAGGCCAGAAACCAGAAACGAAUUCAUCUCAUGCUCAAAGCCAAAAGAGUGAGUCACCUGUUUGUUCUACAACUGGAGAUGGUAAACUUUGUGUUGACUCCGCAUGUCAACAGAACACAGUGACUUCUAGUGGUGAGGUAGUUGCAAAGCAGUGCGGUAACACAGCCAGCCAGCCAGAAAGCACCACAACAGGGCAGGCCAGCACACUAGAGCUCCCCACUGCCGUCUGCUGCGAGGACCCACAGGCCAAAAUGGCCACUUCUGACCCUGUAAGAGAUGCCCAGGAAGGUGUGGAUUUUUGUUCUCUUGAAGUUUUGGAUAAAGAGGGCCAAGGAAAAGAUCUGAAACGAGAUAACCCUUUCACAAAUACAAUUGAGGGAGUUCCAUGUCUAUAUCCAGUUGUCCCUAAAACUGAGAGAAAACCAGUGCCAGACCAGGCGCUGAUCUCAGACGGCACUUUCUCUCUGGCAAACACUCUAGGCAGUGAAUCAGUAACCAAAGAUGAUGUAAUUUCUUUUGUCCCCUCCCAGAAAGAAAAGGGAACAGCAACUCCUGAACUGCAUACGGCUACAGAUUGUAGAAAUGGCUCAGACGGAGAUUCCCGUGGUCCCUGUGAGCAGCCACUAGAAGACAAAGCAGCAGGCCCGGCUGCUUCAGAGCCUGAGCCCAGCAUGGGGAAUGCCAGCCCCACAGGACGUGCCGGAGAGCAUGGGGGUCCCAGCGCCUCAGCGACCUCUGACAUUCUAAAUGUCGAGGCAGGUACUGACUUGUCCCAACUAAGUGUGGGCAAGGACACUUUGGCCUCUGAUACGGUUUUGACCGAAGAAGGAAAAUAUCUAGUGGCUCCGGAAAACUUGGCAGCUCAGGGAAAAUACAACAGAGAUAAACUAGUGACUUAUUCCUCCAUUAAGGAAGAUACUCUUUCUUCAGAGUUGCAAGAGCAGCUGAGAACACCUCCUAGACAAGAGACACCGGGAUUCCUUGAAAAACCUAAUUUGGCUGCCUGUGCCAGGGAUAACGCACUUCACAGUCACUCACUGAAUACACCCUCUUCCUGUCUGAAGGCAGAAAUUAAACCUCACAAGGAAGUGGCUCCACGAGUCGCACUGCUGACUAAAGGUGGGGCUGCACAGAGCCUGGUACAACCUGGAGCAAGUCUGGCCGUGGACUCGAGGCAGGAAGCUUUGGGCGCAGAGCAGAGCAGCUCACCUCUGUUGCCACAUGGGUCUGAGACUCUUUACUGCCAUCGACCUUGUGCUCUGGAUGUUGGAGUGAAGAGCGGUCAGUGUCAGGGAGCAGCCACCUGCGAGGUGAGGGGAAAUGUGAUGGUGGAUGUUGCUGUAUCUCAGCAAGGCACUGAGGGGCCCAAAGGAAAGGAUGUGUCACACAGUGCCCAAGAGAAGAGUAUGAUCCUGGGGUUGCCAGGAGCUUUGCCAGGCAAAGGUGAGACUGACCUACAGCAAGCUGCAAGCUCAGAGAUGGUACCUCUUAACUGGGAAAAAGGGAAGCUGGAAGGAGCAGAUGACAGCUGUGCCAAAGGUGACUCCAAGGAAAAACAAACGGAUGGCAAAGCACAUCCUGUCCUACUGCAGCCUGUUGCCAGGGAGCUCCCCACGGGCACGGGGCUCUCAACUCGUGAUGAUGAGGCCCCCACUGGUGUGAGUGAAGUCACAAGAGCCACGGCCCCAGACAGAGGAGGGAGACCUCCUUCACCACCUUGGAUGGUUUCUGCACAAGCUGCACAUCUGUCUGAGGGAGAAGACUUAAUAGAGGCAGCUGCCAGCCGCAUCGUGGACGCCGUCAUCGAACAGGUUAAGGCCUUGGGAGCACUGCUCACUGUGGGGGAAAUCAGGCACCCAUCACUGUCCGGUCCUGAGUCGGGCCCUCUGACUGAACAGCUGGAGAAUGCUCUCACAGAGAAAGUGAAUACAUUUUUGCCUGAAGAGACCUUGCCAGUAGGCAGUGUUUGUGAAGAAUCCUCGCGGGACCUUGCAGGAUGUUUUCCUGGAAGGGAGGAGCCAGAGAAGAUUAUUCUGCCUAUCCCAGGGCCUGAUCAGGCAACAGAUAUGCCGGACACGAAAGCUGACGAUGAAGUGGAUUUUCUGAGUAAUACCAUUGCGAGCUCAGUUUCUGAAGAGGCAGCUGCAGGGAGUGUGGCUAUUACACUUUCAGUGAAGCAAGGCCUGAAGACCCAGGCGAUAAACCAAGAAAACUGGUGUACAAUAGAGCCAUGCCCUGAUGUAGCGUCUCUUUUGCCUUCCAAGCCGAGCCCAGAAUGUGAGAACUUCUUGGAUGUUGGAGUGGACAGAGAGUGUGCCUCAACACAGGGUGCACGUAAGCGAGAAUCUGGGAGUGACUCUGACCUCUUCCCCUCACCUGGUGAUGAAAGGGACAGCAUCGUCUUCCCAAAGCCUGAGGAUGAGCAGUUGGUAUGUGAUAUCACCGGAUCCAGUUCUUCCACUGAUGACACAGCUUCCUUGGAUCGACCUUCUUCUCAUGGCAGUGAUAUAUCCCUCCCCCGGAUUUCAAAGUCGAACCGGUCCAAAGAUCAGCAAAGUCUGGAUGGCUUCUGCAGUCUUGUGGGGGGAGCUGACGGUCGAGAAAGUGAGAGUGAGCCUGCAGGCCCAGGUGAUGUGGAGGAGGAGAUGGACAGCAUCACGGAGGUGCCCCCACACUGCUCUGUCCUGCGGGGCUCCAUGCGCUCUCUGUCCCCCUUCCGGAGGCACAGCUGGGGUCCUGGGAAAAAUGCAGCCAGUGAUGCAGAGAUGAACCAGCGGAGUUCAAUGCGAAUUCUUGGGGAUGUUGUCAGGAGACCUCCCAUACAUAGGAGAAGUAUGAGCUGGUGUCCCUCUGGUGUGCAGUACUCUGCUGCCCUGAGUGCUGACUUUAAUUACAGAAGUUUCAGUCUAGAAGGCUUGAUAGGAGGAGCUGGUGUCGAAAACAAACCAUCUUCAUCUCUGGAAGGAAACCCUGCAAACACCCAGGAGCUCAGAUACCCUUUCAGUGGUGAGGAACGAGGUGACUCUUUGGUAUCACUCUCAGAAGAGGAUCUAGAGUCAGGCCAGAGAGAACAUAGAAGGUUUGAUCAGACAUGUCACAGAUCUAAGCAACAGGGAUUUAAUUACUGUACAUCAGCAAUUUCUUCUCCAUUGACAAAAUCCAUCUCAUUAAUGACAAUCAGCCAUCGUGGAUUGGACAAUUCUCGGCCCUUCCACAACACCAGUGCUAAUCUGACUGAGAGUAUAACAGAAGAGAACUUCAAUUUCCUGCCACAAAGCCCCUCCAAGAAAGAUUUUGAAGGGAAGAGUGGAACAAAAGUCAGUCGUACGUUCAGCUACAUCAGGAAUAAAAUGUCCAGCAGUAAGAAGAGCAAAGAAAAGGAAAAAGAGAAAGAAAAAACUAAGGAGAAGGAGAAAGAUUCUAAAGAGAAGGAGAAAGACAAGAAGACUCUGAACGGACACACUUUCAGUUCCAUUCCUGUCGUGGGUCCUAUCAGCUGUGGCCAGUGCAUGAAGCCUUUCACCAGCAAAGACGCCUACACUUGUGCAAAUUGCGGUGCUUUUGUCCACAAAGGCUGCCGAGAAAGUCUGGCCUCCUGUGCAAAGGUCAAAAUGAAGCAGCCCAAAGGUAGCCUUCAGGCACAUGACACGUCAUCAUUGCCCACAGUCAUCAUGAGGAACAAGCCCUCCCAGCCAAAGGAGCGCCCUCGAUCUGCAGUCCUCCUAGCAGAUGAAACCACCACCACCCCAAUGUUUGCUAACCGGCGGUCCCAGCAGAGUGUCUCACUCUCCAAAAGUGUCUCCAUACAGAACAUUACUGGAGUUGGCAGCGAUGAGAACAUGUCAAACACCUGGAAAUUCCUAUCUCAUUCAACAGACUCACUAAAUAAAAUCAGCAAAGUCAAUGAAUCAACAGAAUCACUUACUGAUGAGGGAGUAGGUACAGACAUGAAUGAAGGACAACUAAUGGGAGACUUUGAGAUUGAUUCCAAGCAGCUGGAAGCGGAGUCGUGGAGUCGGAUAGUGGACAGCAAGUUUCUGAAACAGCAAAAGAAAGAUGUGGUCAAACGGCAAGAGGUGAUUUAUGAGUUGAUGCAAACCGAGUUCCACCACCUCCGCACUCUCAAGAUCAUGAGUGACGUGUACAGCCGAGGGAUGAUGACAGAUCUGCUCUUUGAGCAGCAGAUGGUGGAAAAGCUGUUUCCCUGUCUCGAUGAGCUGAUCAGUAUACACAGCCAGUUCUUUCAGCGAAUCCUGGAGCGGAAGAAGGAGUCUCUGGUGGAUAAAAGUGAAAAGAACUUUCUCAUCAAAAGGAUCGGGGAUGUGCUUGUAAAUCAGUUUUCAGGUGAGAAUGCAGAACGCUUAAAGAAGACGUAUGGCAAGUUUUGUGGGCAGCACAACCAGUCUGUAAACUACUUCAAAGACCUUUAUACCAAGGAUAAGCGUUUUCAAGCCUUUGUGAAGAAGAAGAUGAGCAGUUCAAUUGUAAGGAGGCUUGGAAUCCCCGAGUGCAUAUUGCUUGUAACCCAAAGGAUCACCAAGUACCCGGUUUUAUUCCAGAGAAUAUUACAGUGUACCAAAGACAAUGACGUGGAGCAGAAAGACCUGGCACAGUCCUUGAGCCUGGUGAAGGAUGUGAUUGGAGCUGUAGACAGCAAAGUGGCAAAUUACGAAAAGAAAGUACGUCUCAAUGAGAUUUACACGAAGACAGACAGCAAGUCGAUCAUGAGGAUGAAGAGUGGUCAGAUGUUUGCCAAGGAGGAUUUGAAACGGAAGAAGCUUGUGCGAGAUGGGAGUGUGUUUCUGAAGAGCGCAACAGGGAGGUUGAAAGAGGUUCAAGCAGUUCUGCUAACUGACAUUUUAGUUUUCCUUCAAGAAAAAGACCAGAAGUACGUCUUUGCAUCAUUGGACCAAAAAUCAACAGUGAUCUCUUUAAAGAAACUGAUUGUAAGAGAAGUGGCACAUGAGGAAAAAGGUUUAUUCCUGAUCAGUAUGGGGAUGAGAGAUCCAGAGAUGGUAGAAGUCCAUGCCAGCUCCAAGGAGGAACGAAACAGCUGGAUCCAGAUCAUUCAGGAUACAAUCAACACCCUGAACAGAGAUGAAGAUGAAGGAAUUCCUAGUGAGAAUGAAGAAGAAAAGAAAAUGUUGGACACCAAAGCCCGGGAGUUAAAAGAACAACUUCAGCAGAAGGACCACCAGAUCCUGCUCUUACUGGAAGAGAAGGAGAUGAUCUUCCGGGACAUGGCUGAGUGCAGCACGCCCUUGCCCGAGGACUACUCUCCAACUCAGAGCCCUAGAAUCCUCUUCCGCUCCAACACAGAAGAGGCUCUCAAAGGAGGACCUUUGAUGAAAAGUGCAAUAAAUGAGGUGGAGAUCCUUCAGAGUUUGGUGAGUGGAAGCCUGGGAGGCACACUUGGUCAGGCCAUCAGCAGCCCCAUUGAACUGGAAAACAUGGUUGGCCCUAUUUGCCUGCCCCGGAGAGCAGAGACCUUUGGAGGAUUUGACAGCCAUCAGAUGAAUGCUUCCAAAGGAAGCGAGAAGGAAGAGGGAGAUGACGGGCAGGAUCUCAGGAGAACAGAAUCCGAUGGUGGCCUGAAGAAGGGUGGAAAUGCUAACCUCAUGUUUAUGCUUAAAAGAAACAAUGAGCAGCUUGUCCAGAGCAUCGUUCAUCUCCACGAGCUCCUGAGCACUCUGCAGGGUGUGGUGCUGCAGCAGGAUAGCCACAUCGAGGACCAGAAGCUGCUGCUGAGUGAGAGGGCGCUCACCCGGAGCCUGUCACGCCCCAGCUCCCUCAUUGAGCAGGAGAAGCAGCGCAGCCUGGAGAAGCAGCGCCAGGACCUGGCCAACCUGCAGAGGCAGCAGGCACAGCUCCUGGAGGACAGGCGCCGGCGUGAGCGUGAGUGGGAGGCCCGUGAGAGGGAGCUGCAGGAGCGGGAGGCCCGUCUGGCCCAGCGUGAGGAGAAGGUGCAACGGGGCCAGCAGGACCUGGAGCGGGACUGGGAGGAGCUCCAGCAGAGGAAGGGUGCCUACCAGUGCGACCUGGAGAGGCUGCGGGCCUCCCAGAGGCAGCUCGAGAGGGACCGGGAGCAGCUACGGCGGGACAUGGCAGAGCGGCUCAGCCAAACGCAGGUUUCACAUCAACACACCAAGCUGAUGAGGAUCCCAUCCUUCUGUCCCAGUCCUGAGGAGUCCCCCUUGCCAUCUGCACCUUCAGUAGCCAAGUCAGGGUCGUUGGACUCAGAACUUUCAGUGUCACCAAGAAGGAACAGCAUCUCUCGGACACAUAAAGAUAAGGUGCCUUUUCACAUACUGAGUUCAACUGGCCAGCCAGACAGAGCACCAGGAGGGCAGAGCCAGGCCCCAGCGCCCACCUCAGCCCCCACCCGCCUGUUUGGGUUAGCUAAGCCAAAGGAGAAGAAGGACAAGAAAAAGAAGAGCAAAGCCAGCCGCUCGCAGCCCGGCGAUGGUCCUGCAGAAGUAUCGGCUGAGGGUGAAGAGAUUUUCUGCUGACCCUUCUCCCUACUGAGGCAGCCGCUUCCUGGCCCUGGCCAGGGGUUCCCAGCCUGCCUCUCCUGCUAUUCACGCAUGCAUGAGUCUCUUACACUGGAUACCCACUGCUCCUCAGUGUCCGGGCUCUGGACAAAAGGAACAGAUAGUGUUGAGUGUCAGGGUGGGGAGGGAGGCCCAGACUCUGCUUCGGCUGUGGCUUGUGGCUGCCGAGGACCUGCUGUUAGGGCUGGCACUACUCGAGGUGCUACACUAAAAGUAGGGACCCCAGAAGUGCAAGCAAUGGUUCUGGACAUGUCAGGAAUUCCUAAAGGCUCAAAGAGCAUUGCCAAAUGAAGUCUGAAGCUCUUUUAUUUGGGGGAACACAACCAAAACCAGACAGCAGGUAGUUUGUACUUUAUCUGUGUAUGUAUACGGUGACCUGUCUGCAUACACACGUGGAGCAUGCCAGAAGUCUACGCAGUCCACACCGGAUGUCUGGUUGGCUUGGCUUGGCAGCAGGGGAAUGCCUGGUCUACCCAGUAGCCCCUGGGUGCUCAGUGCUUCGCCUGGGAGAUCUCAGAGACUGGUUCCCUUUAAGCCCACCCCGUGCACACAUCAUCCCCCCUCUUUUUUUUUUUUUUUUUCAUGUAUUUCUCAUUUCAUUUUAGAAGGGAUGACAAACAUUUGUGAAAACAGAGGAGGUGUAAUGUGUAUAAAACAUGUGGUCUGCACCUUGACCUCAGUGUUUCAGGUAUUACAAAAAGUGUCUCAUUUUCUCAUCAAAUACAGGAGAAACAUCCUGACUUUCCGAGAUGUCUGCCCACAUUUUCUGGGCACACAUGAAGUAGAGAAGCCACCUCACCAUUUUCCCUGCAGUGUGACACUUUCUGGUUGUCAGUGACCACUCAGUAGUGGCCAGAGCCUCCUGGCAAAGUUCCUGAGCCCUCACAGGCUCCCCCCAGGGCAGUUGCUGCAGCCUGGCCCAGCCGGAGGAGUGCGCUUGGCAGCACACAGUGUGAGGGCAGCCCACUCUUCCCUUGGCUUUGCUGUGCCAUCUUCCCCUCCGAGACCGUGCAGGAGCUGUGCCCUGUGUCCCCAGCAAAGUUGCCCUGCCCCACGCCAGGACAGUUGGCUGAGAAAUAGGUUCAGGUACAGGGUUGAGCCCUGGUGUCCAAUUUCUCCAGGUACCGACCCAGAGGGGCUGGCACAAGAAGAGUCAGAAGCCCUCUGCAAAAUUUGGUUACUUAAGGGCAGUUAAAUCAAAAGGUCUGCUGGGGAGUUGCACUCACCCCGGGAGAGGGCGCCGUGCUGCCUGCUGCCGCUUUGCUUUUCUCUUCUCUCCACUGUGUUGUGGUCUGAGUUGGCUUUGAGACUUCUCACCAGCUGGUGUCUGCAGGACACUUCAUUGGUAACGCUUCCUCUGAGGCUCCUUGUGCCACAAGGGAGACCUUGGCAAGUCCUGUGCUUCACACGUGGCCUUCAGUUUCUGCUUUCUGUCCCUCAGAAGCAUGGGGCUUUGAACAUACUUUAAAAAAAAACAAAACAAAACAAAACAAAAAUAUCUGUAACUUGGUGCUUGUCGAAGAAUUGCAAGCUGGCCUUGCUGAUGGAGAUAUUUAUCUUUCAGUUUAUUUGAAAGAGGUCUGGUUUUAAAUUUGUAGCCUAGAUUUAUUUUAUUUAUUGUGUGUGUGUGUGUUUGUGUUUCUAAGGGUUAACCAAUACUAGUCCAGCAGUUUAAACUGUCUGAUCAGUGCUGAGAAUGCAGCGGCGGCCAGCACUGCUCACUCGGCAGUGUCCAUCAAAGUGCCUUGAAGGCCCAGGUGGAAUGUAAGGGUUGAGGGAGGUCUCCAUGCCCUUCUCUGUCCCCCCACCUCAUUCUUACAUCACGGUAUGUCUUCCCCCUCAUUUGAGAAUUAAGAAACUUGCCACCUAACCUACCUUUACCUGUUUUUGUCAUGAAGUGUUCCUACCCUUUAGAAAUAGACUUUAAGACCAAACCCAGCUGAUUUUCUAUUGAAACCAUAGUGUAUUUUCUCAAGGACUCUAAACAGCAAAAGUUGUAUGUGUUUUCACCAGUCAUAGAACUCCAGGUUGCGGAUGAAACCUGUCAUAUCUUGGUUCAUCUCCACCGUAGGGCUCAGCAGGCUGUCCUUGUCACUGGCUCUGAGUUCCUUACCUGGGGUUUGCAGGACAGUGUAUGCAGGCCGGGCAUGGUGGCUCACGCCUAUAAUCCUAGCACCCUGGGAGGGUGAGGUGAGAGGAUCACUUGAGCUCAAGAAUUUGAGGCUUCAGUGAGCUUUGGAUAGACCACUGUACUCUAAUCAGGGUGAUGGAGCAAGACUCUGUUUCAAUCCCCCCAGCCCCAAAGAAGACCUGCAUUUCUUCCCUGUGUAUGUGGAGGCCGGAUAACCCUGUUCUCCGGGUUUGAAAUGAUACGGGGGCUGGGGUCAGUGCUGAUGAGAUGACUUCCACCCACAUUCUUCACAAAGUGCUGUGGAUGCUGUAAGUUACCAUCUGUUGUCACACGGUUUGAUGUUGAUGUUAAAGUGUCUUCUACUCUCAAGUAGCUGUGAUGUGGAACUUGGUGGUUCUGGUAGUCUUUUUUUAAAUGGAGAUUUCACCUCUGCCCACUCCAUUAACUUAAAACGAUUUGGUGAGGUUCUGGUUGGACAUGUUGAGAAUUAGAAGAGUCCCUUGAAUUUCCCCCAAACUUCAUCUGGAAAUAUAGCUCACAGUGCAGAGAGCUGCUUACCAGGAACCGUGCUUUCAUAUACCUCUGCCAUCUCUUCCUCCCUUUUGAAAUUGACCUCUACAGGAUUUGUUGUGCUUGGGGAGUUACCUGGAUUGUGACUGCUCGUGCUUUGCUUGUGACCUUGAGGAUUGCUCUGGUGACUGAGGCUAAACCCCUGUCUGAUUUCCUCUCCCAUGAGAAGAAGUGGCCUUCUAGGUGACACAGAUCAACGUCCCCACACUGUUUCCACACAAGGAACCCCGGUCUCCAUCAAGCUAAAGAAACCAGGUGCCUGAAAUUGUGCUUAAGUUUUGGGGGGCAGAUAGAGACACUAUUCAGUGUCCCCAGGUUUCCAGAACCUAGUAAAGGUUCUUAAGAAUAUUUCAUCUUACCUUGCGUGUAUCAUCUCAGUAGUUGUCAUCCUAGUCAGGUGACAUGCACUUUAAAUGCUCUCAUAAGUUGGCUUCGUUUUGAGACAAUCAAAAUGUGUUUUCUUAGAAAAUGAAGAGGGUUAAAACAUGCAAAUUGCCAUAUUCAACCUUUGCCAACCUCUACCCACAAAGAGAGCAAUCUGUGGGGAAAACAUCCUUAGCAAGAUUUUUUUUGAAAAGGUACGAAUCUUACCUUUUUCCCUUUCUGUGUCUCAGGAUAGUACCACUCAGUCAUCCCUUUGCUGAUUUUCUCCCUUGUUUGUUAUCUUCUCAAGCCCUCAAUAUUAGUAAGCACAAAAUUUUGAGACCUUUAUUGUUUCUUUAUUAAAAGGAAGGGACAGAUGUUGGCAUGCAAGGGUUUAAUUAAAUAUAUCCUGCCUUAAAGGGUGGCACCAUAAUCUUAAAGGCCAGAACAUGAUCCAGAAGUUGCUAUCCAAAAAAGUACUUUAGAUUUCAUUCUUUUGUCUUUUUGUCUCUAAAGCUCCUUUUCUAUAGCCAGUUCUUUCUUCCCAAGGAUUUUGGUGUUUGCAUUGGCGCCGAUGGUGGGUGGCCAGUUUGUGCCAAGAAGACAGCAGGCUCCAGGAGGUAGUCCUGGUGAGGGGGCCUCAGUGGCCAUAAAGGAGGUGACUCUGAGGUGACCCCAGACACUGCAGAAGGUAUCUGCCCUCCGUGCUUGGAUGCCCCUGACACAUAGAAACCUGAAAGUAACCCUUUGCCUGAAAUGGUGACAAAGCCUGCAGGAGAUACAUGUGCCUUGCCUCUGCCUGCCUUGGGACCGUCAUGUUAAGUCUGUGAGAGAAAGGAGAGGGUAAAGAGUUUGUUUGAGUUUUGUUUUUAAUUUUUUUUUUUUUCCAAUGUAGCAUAACAUUCCUAGUUAACCAGAGCCUUGGAAUCUGCCUGCUGGCCAGGUUUUGAAAAGUAUUUUAAUGCUGCCAUAAAAGGAAUAAAAAGAGAGGGGUGGGAGAAAAAAAGGCAUCUUUCCACAUAUUCAUCUAACUUAAUUGUCAAAAAGUUGACAGGUUAUGAAUUGUUUCUCCAUCUCACUAAGGUUUAAAUGUCAGCAGCCCCCACUGCUAAGUGUCCCUUGCCACACAGUGAGUGACCUGCCCUAGAACAAGGUGGGACCCUCCUGUGCUGCAGACCAGAGGAGCUUCUGCAGGAAGCACAGACCCUGUUCACCCCCAGACUUCCCUGGCGUGAACGUGAUCCUGCCUUUCAUCACCACCGGACAGGAUGUACAGUCCCAGGGCACGGGACGUGCCCAGCUAGUUUGCCUUUGGUUCAGGUUUAACCCUGUGCUUUCCUGUGUGUUGGUUACCCGCACAGGCUCACAGAGGAGACGCAAGCGAGGGCCUGCAGUAGGGUCAUCAGGACACACCUUAUACCUCUGCCCUCAUUGCUUCUCUCCAAAUGCUAUAUGAACAGUGCUGUGCUGAAUCCUAUCAAAAGAUGGGUCAGAACCCAAAUGCUGUGUAAUUAAUUUGUAAUUAUGUACAGAGUGAAGCAGUUUAUGUAAGGAUUUUUUUCAGUGUGUGUGCUGGAAUUUUGCCACAACAUACUGGCUUUUUAUUUAUCUUCCUUUCUAGUUAUUGGCUUCAGACUCUUGUAAAGUCCCCCUCAACCCUUUCAAAAAAAUAAAUUUCCUUUGAAGUCUUGA